AUGACCCCUCCUGCUACUUUGCCUUUUGACCAAGGGAGAGACGGAGGAGGGCGAGAACGACCACCAUACACCCGCCAGUCGGCGUUUGAGGCGCAGGGGUUGGCGUGGUCAGGGCAGGUAGAAGGGGAGUUCAGAAGGCAAGAGGAGGGGCAGGGAGAAGGAAAGGAGGAGCGAAUGGAGGGGCAGGGAGAGGGGGUUGCAGUGGUGGAGGAUGAAGAGAGGGAGACGUUCUCGUACUUAGACGAUGAGAGGUUCAACGAGUGCACUCAGCUGCUCAAGAAACUCAGUAGUCGUACUUACCUGCCUUGCUUGCUCAUACCCGACUUACUCUGUUUGUCUGCCCUCGUUAUCCACCCACCUGCCAUCUCCCCUGCAGCAUGCCCCUCGGAAUCUCCUCCCAUUCAUGUUCAGACACGGCCGCUACCGCUCUGCUUGCUGGCUCAUUUUCUUCCCCCCUCCUCCUCCCCACCCUUCCUCCUCCUCCUCCUCCCCUUCUCUCUCAUCUACACCUGA